CGCCACAAACAGAGAAAGGAUACUCGGACACAAUAAAAUCAAGUAAUCAACAAUAAUACACGCAAUUCUCAUUUGACUUGGAAGUUUUGAACUCUCAUCAAACCCUAAUUAUCAUGAAUAUGAAUUCUUCGAGUUGUAGUUGUGCGAUUUCAUCAAUUCUAAUGUCGAAUGCGCCUCAAUUGGGCGCAAUUAGACUCAAUAGCUUGCGAGGUCGUUUAAAUUAUGAUUGUGCUAGCAGAGCUGCUGGUUGUGUUAAGCUUGCAGGUGUUGUGAGAGCUUCAAUGGUGGAGUCUUCUCAUGAUAAUUCUGUUAAUCGUAUGGAACGUGCUUGGUUGAUCUCCAAGCAACCGAGGCCUGUUUCUUGUUCUUCCUGUGAGUCUAAUGGUCAUGUUGAAUGCAAAUGGUGUGGCGGCACAGGCUUCUUCAUUAUUGGGGACAACAUGCUAUGCCAAGUCCCUUCAAGAAACACUAGCUGUGUUAUCUGUUCUGGAAAGGGUUCAACGCGCUGCUCUGAUUGUAAGGGAACAGGCUUUCGAGCAAAAUGGCUGGAAGAGCCUCCUGUACAGAAGUAGAUAUGCUAAUCUGUUAUGUAGCUAAUGCAGUUGUGAAUUGAACUUGAAUUGGUUGUACACAUCGUGCCAUUAUUCAAUUGAUUUUACAUAUUGUAUACUCGUUUAGAGCUUUCUCAAUUGUUUAUAAAUUUUUGUCUGGUCA